GCGCCAUAUUUAAUACAUCUGAAGCUAGCCAGCGUUAGCUGUUUACAAGCUCAAACUUUUCAAUUGAGACGGUGAACCAAAUCAAGCCCUCUGAAUAAUCAAACAUGAAUGUAAUAGAUCAUGUACGGGAUAUGGCGGCUGCUGGCCUUCACUCCAACGUACGGAUACUGACCAGUUUGUUGCUGACGAUGAGUAAUAACAAUCCAGAGCUCUUUUCGCCGGCCCAGAAGUACCAGUUGUUGGUUUACCACGCUGAUGCCAUCUUCCAUGAUAAGGAGUAUCGUAAUGCUGCCUGCAAAUAUAGUAUGGCAUUGCAACAAAAGAAAGUACUCAGCAAAACCUCAAAAGUUCGCACUUCUGCUGGCGGAGCUGCAUCAAACAUACAGGCACAGAGCUUACCAUCAGAGAUUGAGGUGAAGUACAAGAUAGCUGAAUGCUACACUAUUUUGAAACUGGACAAAGAUGCUAUUGCAGUGCUUGAUGGGAUUCCGUCCAGACAGAGGACUCCAAAGAUUAACAUGAUGCUAGCUAACCUGUAUAGAAAAGCUGGUCAGGAACGUUCUGCUGUUACAAGCUACAAAGAGGUCCUCAGACAGUGUCCCCUUGCCCUGGAUGCUAUUAUUGGUCUUCUUUCGUUAUCAGUCAAAGGAGCUGAAGUAGCAUCCAUGACUAUGGAUGUGAUCCAGAGCAUCCCCAACUUGGACUGGCUUUCUGUUUGGGUCAAAGCCUAUGCUUUCAUACAUGCAGGGGACAAUCAAAGAGCCAUCAACACUAUUUGCUCUCUUGAGAAGAAGUCUCUGUUGCGGGAUAAUGUGGACCUCCUGGUGAGCUUGGCUGAUGUGUACUUCAGGGCUGGUGACACAAAAAACGCCAUUCUGAAAUUUGAGCAGGCCCAGAUGCUCGAUCCAUAUCUCAUUAAAGGAAUGGAUGUUUACGGCUAUCUGAUGGCCCGUGAAGGACAUUUGGAAGAUGUUGAAGUCCUGGGUGGGCGAUUAUUUAAUAUCUCAGACCAGCAUGCAGAACCCUGGGUGAUCUCUGGCUGUCACAGCUUUUACAGCAAACGUUACUCCAGAGCUCUCUACCUGGGAGCCAAGGCUAUCCAGCUAAACAGCAAUAGUGUGCAGGCUCUCCUCCUGAAGGGGGCAGCACUAAGAAACAUGGGGCGGGUUCAGGAAGCCAUCAUCCAUUUCCGAGAAGCUAUGCGCCUGGCACCCUGCAGACUCGACUGCUAUGAAGGUCUGAUUGACUGUUACCUGGCAUCCAAUGGGAUUCGAGAGGCCAUGGGGAUGGCCAAUAACAUCUAUAAAACCCUGGGGGCAAACGCACAGACUCUGACCAUCCUUGCCACAGUGUGCCUGGAAGACCCUGUGACUCAGGAGAAAGCCAAAACCCUACUGGAUAAAGCACUGGCCCAGAGACCAGACUACACAAAGGCAGUCGUCAAAAAGGCUGAACUGCUCAGUCGGGAGCAGAAAUAUGAAGAAGGGAUUGCUCUCCUCCGGAAUGCCCUGGCCAAUCAGAGUGACUGUGUUCUGCACAGAAUGCUGGGAGAUUUCCUUGUGGCUGUCAAUGAUUACCAAGAAGCCAUGGAUCAGUAUAGUAUAGCAUUAAGCCUGGAUCCCAAUGACCAGAAGUCAUUAGAAGGCAUGCAGAAGAUGGAGAAGGAAGAAAGUCCCACAGAUGCCACAGUGGAGCUGGAUGGUGACGACAUGGAGGGCAGUGGAGAGGAUGGAGAUCUGGAGGGCAGUGACAGUGAGGCAGCGCAGUGGGCUGAUCAGGAACAGUGGUUUGGUAUGCAGUGACCCCGGCCACAGGAGGACACCCAGUCUCAUCCAUCUCCUGACAUACUGCAGUCUGUGUGGAGCUUUCAGCCAUAAAGGUCGCCGUGCAGGACUGAGAUGAUCCAACACUCUGACAUAUUAUGAGCCACUUCAGUGUGGUGCUAAUUUAGGCCAGUUUGCUCAUGUUUGUUUGGCUUUUAUCCUCUUUUCCCUUUUCUGGCAACAUGAAUUCAUUGAUCACUUUUCCUGAUCUUGAAAAUAUUAAAAGUUAAAUAUGCUCAGAACAAUUUGAGUAUCAGUGUAUAACAAAGGACCGGCUUUGGAUGCUUCAGAGAUUAAGAUGCUGAGCUGUGCCAAGGCUAGAUUAAAUCAGGACACUGCUGUGACAGGAAAUGAAAGUUUAGGCCAUAAAUGACUGGAGUGUUCCUCAUGUGACUGGAGAGACCGGUAAUAUUUUAAAUGUGUGUUCUGUUAAAGCCUGACUGAAGUAUUUACUGCAUAGAGGGCAUAGAUAUAACAUUUUCACCACAAAAGAUGACAUUAGACCACCCCUUUGUGUCUCUAUCAACCAGGUGGUCUGUAAAAAAGUGAAUAUGUACCAUAUAAAUGUUUUACAAUGUCAUUAAUUUCCUAUUUGUCAUUUCAGAAUGUGGCAUAAUGUACAUGCUUGUUAUUUUCUUUUUUGUCUGCCUUACUGUAUAAAAGAACUACCUUAUGACUGAGUACUUCAUUUGGAAAGUGUUACCAUUUCAGAUCAGUUGUUUAUAGUAUUUUGUACAUAUUUUUAAAGUGUAUAAUAAAAUUUUUAAGCAAUCACUUAACAUGAA